AUUAUUUUGCUAUUUAUUUCAAUCUUUUUAUUUCAAUUGAUCACUUGAACCCUUUAUCAAUACUAUGUUAAAAACAACAACAUAAAUAGCAUAUCUAUAAGCACACAACUUUAUUUUUUUAAUUUUUUUGUUAAUAACUAACUUGCUCAUCUUUUAACAUUUUCAUUUUUACUAUAAUGAGUGAGUGAGUGAAGUGACAUUCAGCCAAGUAUGGUGACCCAUACUCAGAAUUUGUGCUCUGCAUUUAACCCAUCCGAAAUGCACACACACAGAGCAGUGAACACACACACACACACACACACACACUGUGAGCACACACCCGGAGCAGUGUACAAUAAAUGUAUUUGAUAGAUUUGGAGACUUUUUUAUCUGUGUAUUCCCUUUUUCAAAUUUCAUUUAUCAUUAUGUAUUAUUUAAAAAAAUUUUUUGAACAUUAACAAAUCAUCUUUGUGCGCAUGUUGUGUACAGAUAUCGGACUACAAAGAGUGCUACAGAGAGUCAGUGUUUCACUAUCAGACAGGUGCCAAUAGAAAGCUCGAAAAGCUGAGGUCAACUACAUCAUCAACCUAUCAAAGGAUCAAACCCCAGCCACUCUGGAAACAAUGAGAGAAGAAAUCUUACAUGAAGUCGAAAAGACUGAGAGAAACCAUUUAGUCAUAGGCAAGCUAAUGACCACAACCUAUGCCCUUCGUCGCCAAGAAAUCGUUGGAGCUCUUGUAGCUCCACGGGUGAGAGACGUCGUGGAUAGAUGGCCAGCCCUACUUAUGGAGUCACAGGUGUUUGCAGAGUUCCACCGAAUCAACAAUGUUAACCUGCGCAAUCAAUUCUACAAGGAGCUGGACAGACACACGCCUAAACUCAUUACCUUGUUCAGAGACAAGGCCACCAAGACUGGCAAGAUAGCAGAGGAGCUAGCCAGGCUCAUGAUGAUUUAUGACCUUCAGGAACAACGUAAUGUAAAUAUAAGACGGGCACUCGUCCUUCGUGCUCUUCCUGUGUACCUGCGUGAAGAUGCCUUCAAGUUCUUCAGGACCUGUAAUUCAGCAGAUUGUCCAGACCUCACUGACACUCCGGUGGCUCUCCUGACAGUCGUCACGGAUGACACUAUUAAUGCGGCCCUCUUCAGCCCUGAGAGCAUCUGUAUCGUCAUGGAGGAUGAAAUACUUGUGAGUGGUCCCACGACUCUGGCUGACUCAUUUCUCCUGCUCUUUGGGUAUGUCUAUGCACUAGACCUACAGUACCCAAAGAAUCUUGAACUUACAUUCACAUUUAUCCAAAAAGUUGUGAUGUGUCUUGAGGACAACAAACCACUGAAAGGGCGUCUACUGAUGCUGAAGAAUGAUUUGUUUAAUGAGUGAAUCACUCAGGAUGGAUUAUUUGAGUUGAGUUGAGUAUUGAGAAAGUCCCUCCCUUUUUACAAAUGUAAUAAUUUGCCUGUUCUACCUCAGAUUUAAGAUCUGACACUGUUUGCCUCUUCUACCUCAGAUUUAAUACAUUGAUUAGGACAUUGAACUUGAUGUUGCCAGUUGAAGUACAACCAGUACUUUAUUUGAAUGUUUUAUUAUUGACACAUAUUGUACUUUAAAAAACAUUUUGUUUUUAUGCGGUCAUUUUCUUUUUUUUUUAAUUUCACAAGCACUUUUUG